CUUGACUAUGCCCUUGUGUUUUCCUGUCUAGUACCUGUCAUGGUCUAAGUGACUUGGCAAAUGCACUUCAUGUGAAAGAGCAUACGAGCCGCAUUUCUCCGCCUCGUUGCAUUGUAGAUCUCCCAUUCCGCAUCUCUUGGAAUCUUAUCACACAUUUCGAUGUCCGCUGGAACAAAGGGAUCGAAAGUUAGCCGACAUUAGGAACCGCUUCGUAUCGUCAAAUGCUACCGAGUUUGCUAGGGAUCACCCCACCUAAAAUUAACUACACAUCGUAUUCCCGAGGCUGUGUCGCUCAUUGCCCCAUGAUAGGCAUUGAGCCUUGCACUGCCGCUAGGACGCAUCCCAAUGAUCGUCCUCCAACCUGGUGAUGGACAGAAAAGCUUGUUGGUUGUUGCUGCAAUGCGACGCUAGUGGGUUGCCCGACUUUCUAGAAACAAUGCCUCUCCACAAAUGCAGAUGUGUUGUUCACAACCCUCCACAAUGAUAUUCUUCGUCUUUGAUUCGCUCAUCCAUGGAUCAUCGCCCCCCCAUUGUACUGUUUGCCCGGCGACGCAUCACCAAACCAUCCUCUGACAUCACAGGGACUUAAAUCUACGUAUAAUCAUUACAUAUAAACCAGCAUAAUUCCUCCCAUGCUGAUCGAAUACCGAUAUAUCUCAUGCAUAUGAACCUUCAGUCGUUUUAACAAGAUGAAAUCGUCUCCUUUCGAAAAGAUCACGGAAGACGUCGCGGAGGUUGAACCUCCCGCGUACGGUCAGAUUGACGAGCCUCCCCUAGUAAUACCACCGUUGGACUUGUUCCAAACGGCUGGACCACCUGUUUGUUCGACGGUCACCCAAGACCAAUGUAUUGCUCAUCUCAAGUUCUUAGCAGCACUCGCCGAUCUACGCGACAACAUCACUAGUAUCAACCGUUUAUUUAACAUCAAUGAUCCUGACCCAGCUGUUUUUGGAGAUAGCAUAGACGAGGCAUGUGCUCGUGUCAAAGAAAAGCGAUGGGCUGUGUACACAGCCAGGGCGGUCGACCGCUACACGACUUGGUGGCAGAAGUGCAUCCAAUUCCCUGAACGAUGCCCUAAGCUCCAUGACCUAGAGGACGACAGUUAUGACUCGAUUACCGAGAACGACAAGCCGUACAACUGGUCUUCGAAGACAAUGCCCCCUCUAGAUAUUCUAAUGGUGUGGCACGCACAUAUGCUGAACCCUAGGGUCUUUCUUGAAGAUUGCAUUCGGGGGGGUGCCAUGGGAUUUUGGGCGGCUGGUUUCCCUUGGGAAGUCAUCAACUCCUGUCUCGACGAUCAAACCAUGGAAUACCGUGCUGGACAGGCAGCGGUAGCCCGCUUUCAGCAGAAAACUGGUCUGCCCUGGGACAAUCUGAAAUGUUCAUCGAAGAAGCUCCUCACUUGUCCUAGCUGUAAGCACGAGCUGUCCGUGCCCUGGACCGAAGCGCAGAUAUCCGUCCCACUCGAUGAAGCAUUUGACUCCUGCCGUGGCUUCGCAGAUCAAAAUUUCCAAAAGACAUGUCCAGUCUGUAACUUUCAAAUCACACACGAGGAACUAAAGAUCGAGAAGUUUCGGAAAGACGUUAGGGCGUUUUGGGCUUCGGAUGUGCCGAUGCCUGGAACGUUCUAUGAUGUUAGGGGUGUGCCCAAAGCCGUCACGGUCUCGAGUCGAAAGAAAAGGCAGUCCAUAUUCCCUAAUCGUUUAAUCAAGGCGAUAGGCACCAUCAUUCUUUCUCAGACCGACCCAACGGACAAUAGCUGCAGGACAAUGGUGGCAUUGCGCGACAAUCUACAGUCCAAGAUCAAGAGCCGGGAAACCAUGCGAAGGGUCAACCCAGAUUCAGGCAUCUCCUCAUUAUAUCCAGAAGAGAAGGUGGCAUUCCGUCGGAUGAUGGCUCGCUACUGGGAUAAUCAUACUCUGUUCGCUCUAGACCUGGUUGGUGCUGUCAUUCGACAAGGGACUUUUGUUCAAAAAAUGGACAACAUUGAUUGGCUCCACUCGCCUACAGUGAAGGCAACCAUGGACCGUUUGAUCAGGAAAUAUGAAGUCUUCUUCCAAAUCAUAUCCCAAAACCCACGCAACAUGGCUGUCCCAACUCUGGAUGUCGAUCUCGCCUGGCAUACUCAUCAACUGACGCCUUCAAGAUAUUUUGACUACUCCAUCUUUACAACACGGCAACACACCAGGGUUCCGAAUUUCAUUGAUCAUGACGACAAAGUCGAAGAAACCAAACUAUCGGAUGCAUUCGAAUGGACUAGCAAAAUGUACAAGAAACUCACCAAAGGUGAUAUCUACAGCGAGUGCACUUGCUGGUACUGUGAGGCUAUUCGAGCUCCGGAUCUCAGCGACGGCAUCUUUGUCUCCCAGUCAACCUCCCGAGCUCGCGACGCAGCCGCCAAUCUCCACAAUCGGCCAGAUAUAUCUUCGGAUCCGGACAAGAACCCCCAUAUCUCCGCGCACAGUGCUGUGCCAGCGGAAACAAAGAAGACACGUGCCGGCUUCGAUCCUCGAUACGUAAAGUAUCUAAAGCUUCAAAGCAAUUACCAAAGGGCACGCCGUCGUGCAGAGAAGCGAGAUCGCAAACAAGGCAACAAGGAACGGGACCGUACUUCAGAUGCCAGCCUUUAUGCCAUGGCAUAUGGUUAUCCGGUAUAUGUGCCAUACUAUGCCCCGUACAUGGCUGACCCCUGCGUGCACUCCAAUGCAUAUGCUUCGAAUCCAGGCUGCAUGAGCUUCGUCGCCGGGGCCCCUGGAAACUGUGCUGCAGGGACCUGUGGAGGCGCUGUUGCGGCAGGCGGCUGCGGUGGAAUGGGAGGGGGAUGCGCUGGUGGAUGUGCUGGUGGGGGGGGCGGAGGAGCGGGUGGAUGUGGAUCAGGAGGUGGUAGCGCAGGUUGCGGUGGGAGUAGCAGUGGAGGAGGCGGGGGCGGGGGCUGUGGAGGAGGCGGUGGUGGUGGAGGCUGUGGCGGAGGUGGUUGCUGAAGAGGUUAUAAGCCUGUACACUUGCUUCAAAUUAUGGUUAUGUAACUCCAGCGUGUUUGGAAAUCGUUG